AUGCUGGGAAUCUCCUGUGAGCAGUCUCAGCUCCUGGAAGGUUCCCAGGUGUGCUUCUUGGACCAUUUCUGGGUGAGAGCGGGAGGGGAGGGAGUCCACGCGCAGGCGCGGCCCUGGCUGCCUGCUUCUCGAGUGAAACUUUGCUCCCUAACGCUUGGGAGCGGAAAGAAUCCGGUGGUCCAGUUCCUGGUUACCGAGCUUGGGAGUGCGGGGCGUGUGCGCAUGUGCAACAAGACUGGCUUAGCAGCGCCCCCGUGUAAGUGCUUGUGGUGGAGGGAGGGGCCGCCCCGCGUGUCUCUGGGUCUGUCCAUCACCUUAAAGGACCACAGAAAAGGGACCAACUCGGAAGUGCCGGCUCAGACCCGGGCGGCUCUGUCUGGAGCAGGUUCCGUGGCGGGGCUUGGCCUUCCCUUCUACCCCCGGAGCCAGGACGCAGCUGGGGAAGGGGCUGCUCCAGGCUCUUCCCUGGAGAUGUUCAGGUGCACAAACAGGAAGUCCCCCCACCUCCGGGCUCCACCCCCGAAGGACCCGCUUGUGGCCCCAGCAGAGAGCCCGCAGCCAGAGGGAAUGGCCCCCGGGACCCCGAGGCCCCCCUCCCAGGGGUCAAUAACACUCAAGGAUGUGGCCCUGCAUUUCACCCAGGAGGAGUGGGGCCUGUUGGACCAUUCUCAGAAAGAGCUGUACCUGGAGGUCAUGCUGGAAAAUGUGCAGAAUCUACUCUCUGUGGAGGCUGAGACUACUUUUGAAGUGAAGGAGAUCAGUACAAUGCCGAGCUUCUUUGUAGAAGGAUGUGGCCCCCAAAGAUGUAUGAAUGAGCAUCCCUGUGACUUCAUUUUGGGAGAAAUUGUUGAUUUUAAUAUCAAGGCAAAAAGGCAUUUUCAGACUUAAACAAGCAGAACCAGUCUUUGGAUACACUAUUUGGUCAUAUCUGCAAGAUGGAUGAUUUUAGAAAUACUUUCACACACAAUAAAAAUGAAA